GGAUAACUCGCUCCCAUCGACCACUCUCCAGGACGGUCCGGUCAGAAGAUGCGAGAAAAGACAACAUUCACACUAUCGGCGGGGGCAAAACAGAGCCUGCCACGACAGUCCGUUGCUUUGAACUGAUCGGCUGGGCCAUAUGACGCGAAUGACGCGGGUUUGCCGCCGCUCAGCGGCGAGAGUUGCGAAGGGAGCUUCAACCUAGAUCAUGGUGCUUGUUCACAGCUGCCACCGCGUUUCUUUCCUGCGCUGAAUUCUCUCCGGACACUUCUCUAGAUCGAUAUCGCAACGGACAUAAAAUACCGUGGCUUUUCCCGUUGAUCCUUCCUGUGUCGCUGCUAUCAUCAUAGGGCGGAGGCCGAUAGCCUCCUCCUCCAGCUCGUCAUGGCGAACCGGGUGCUGACGGCUCUGGUCUCCGUUCUGUUCUUCGCAUACGGGUUAUUCACUUUGUCCCCGUAUGCAUCCAAAGCUCUCCUGUCUGGACGAGCCUUCUCGCGCGCGUCUGAGAAGGAGGUCAAUGAGUUGAAACUAGCCAGGGAUCGAUUUUGGAAUCUGUCAAAGGGAUUCUGCGGUCUCUCGCACCAAUUCCUGACCCUCCGCAGUGGCUUCAAGUUCCAUUACCUCACGAGCGUCGUACCUGGCAGUGCUACGGCGGCCCGUUCGAAGAAGCCACUGGUCAUCCUAAUCCAUGGCUUCCCAGAUAGUUGGGCGGUAUGGCGCCAUAUCGUAUCUUCCCCUGCUAUCCACGAAUCGAGCAUCUUGGUUGCUGUUGACUUGCCGGGAUAUGGUGGGACUGACGGUCUGGACGAAUAUUCGGCGACAAACGUGUUGGAGAGCUUGACAGAAUUCAUCAUCUCUCUCAGGGAGCAGUAUGGGAUCGAAACACCCGUGGAUUCAAAGCCGCUAAGAAGAGUCAUCAUUGUUGGCCAUGACUGGGGUUGCGUCCUGGCGAUGCGCCUGGCGGCGGAAGCACCCCAGGUAGCUGACAGAUUCAUUCUUACCAAUGGGCCAUUGCCUGGCCUUGUCGUCUCGAAUGUGCGACGCUUGCUUUCAUCGGCCUUUAAGAUGUUCAAGACGGCGUUGAACUCGCCACUCCGCUCCCGAUCGACGUUUGCCAAAGCGCUCAAGACGGUCAGCCCUGUGUUCCGCCAGCUUCGUUUGUCAGGAUAUAUCUUUGUCAUGAGAUUGCCCAUAUCCUUUGUCCGCUUCCUGGGAUACGCAGGGGAUUACGCAUUCCUCAAGCGCGUCCACACGAUCGCCCACGGUGAAGAAGGACUGUAUACGGAUCGUGACGCUGCCGAAUCCAUGGCCAGCACGUUAGGUCCCUCCGCGGAAGAAUGUAAAACAACAACUCCGCAGGGAGAGUCAUACCCACUCUCCGUCAAGAAGGAGCGCGUGCUGGGCAACUUCGAGCACAUGGCCAGAUAUUACAGAGAGGGAGCUACUUUAGGGUCCUGGAAUAAGUCUCUCGAGACCAUUGCUUCUCUGCACAGUAUCAAUCGUGGUAGUGAACUACGACGAAGCACCACUGGGAAGGGAUUAUUCGACGAUGGACCUGACGGAGUCCUCAAGUCACCGGCGACCAUCAUCUGGGGCCAGAAAGAUACCGCGCUGGAGCCUCAUUUGUGUCUGGACGGAAUCUCGGACUACCUUGACUCGAACAGCCAGGUCAUUAUGCUUCCACGGACGGGCCACUUCACACCAAUCGAGAGGGAAAGCCGUGAUGCCUUGGAACUGGCCAUCGAAUGGGCCGCUCAGGGUGAUAGCGAAGAUAUCGGCUCGGUGAUCGCGAUCAGUUAUCCUGGCGCAAUGGUUACGGCGCGGAAGUGAUAUUUCUCCCACGUCUUUUCAGGGAAGGGCCACGGGAAGAAGGAUCGGGGCAAGCUUGCUUCUUUUUCUUUUUCUUUUCUUUUCUUUUUUCCUUUUCGGUUAUAUACUUAGGAUGACGAGAGACAAGUUUUUCUUCUUCAGUUGGUGCUGGGGGCCAGUUUCCGGGGUUCGGGGAGUUCUUAUGCCCAUUGAUCUACUACUGUAUGACUAGGACGUUAUUAGUUUCUAUAGAAUCAGUUUGUUUUUUUCGGAAA